AUGAGCAGCCCUGAUGCUGGGUACGCCAGUGACGACCAGGUUCAGAAUAGGUGUAACAUGACCGGAAUGUUGCCGACAAUGGGAUCCUGCCAGUGGGCUGAAUCAAUGAGCUCUCUCGCCGAUAGCAAGGUCGGCGGCGCUGCCGAUCAGGCUAGCAAUGCCGGCAACCGAUCCAAGUCUGAAAGCCGCAUCCGUCGGCCCAUGAACGCCUUCAUGGUCUGGGCGAAAGACGAGCGUAAGAGGCUGGCGCAGCAAAACCCGGACCUGCACAACGCCGAGCUGAGCAAGAUGCUGGGGAAGUCGUGGAGAAGCCUCUCCUUGCCUGAGAAACGUCCCUUUGUGGAGGAGGCCGAGAGACUUCGGGUCCAGCACAUGAAAGAACAUCCCAACUACAAGUACCGGCCCAGGCGGAGAAAGCAGAUCAAGAGAAUAAAGCGGGUGGACACGGGCCUUCUGAUGCACAGCAUCUCCGAGCAGCAACUGGGCAGUGAGGGGCGCGUUUGUAACCAAAACCUGUCCUACCACGACAUCGGUUACUGCAUGCAAAACCAGAUCCCGCAACUCAGCCACUACAGAGAAGCGCAAACCAUGGCAACCAGCGUGGAGAGUUUCGGCUUGCCAACGCCCGAGACUUCUCCUUUGGACGUUUUAGAGGCAAAUGCUGUGUUUUUCCCUCCGCACGUACAAGAAGAUUGUCAGAUAAUGCCUUACGGGAAUAACACGGGAUACCACCACCACCAGCAUCCCGACUACUCUUCCCAGGAAAACCAAGUUGCCCUCUUUCGUAGGCAGAGAGCCGAGCUGGGGGUUGCCCAGGAUGAUCAGAUGGGACACGACAGUGGCUUCCAUGGCAUGUUCAGCUCUUGUCAUAACAUGGUAGCAAUGUACUACAGCCAGCUAUGCUCGCCCAACGGCCAGCGACCCCCCAAUGUGCACGUGGGCCAACUCUCCCCACCGCCUGAACCGCACCGAGUGGACAACCUGGAGCAUCUCAGCCAAGCAGACCUUCUGUCGGAAGUGGAUCGCAAUGAGUUCGAGCAAUACCUUACGUCGGUCGCACGACCUGAUCUGGCAGGACUUGCCUACAAUGCACCCGAAACAACCCCGAACGGACUAACCUCUGCGGAGAGCAACUUGAUUUCCUCCGUGCUCUCCGAUGCCAGUAGUGCCAUGUACUACUCCAAUUUCACUUCGGCAUAAUGGACUUUUUUGUGCUUUGUUAAGAGAACUGGGCGAAAUAAAAAAAAGAUCAACAGUAUUAAAACCAAAAUGCUUUCCUUAAAAAAUUGUAAUUAACCUCAGGGUGUUUUGCAAAAUGUUGCCUGAUAGAAAAAAUUACUCUUAUUUAAGAUUGGAUAUUUAAACUGUCUUUGCUUUCAUUUUGUGAUGUAGAUCAACACGGUGGGCUUUUGGUUUGAAUCUUUCAAAACCACAAUGACCUUAAAACAAUUGUAUUUUUUAUCACGGAAUUUAUUUUCUAAUAAUGGGGGAAAUUUGUUCAAUCUCUUUCACGAGCAGUUUGUACUGGACUAGAAUUGCUUCAGCAAUCAUUAUGUAAAUAUUUAAUUUCUUAUUGAAAUGAGAAUGUUUUUUUGUACUUUUUUUUGCACUUUUUAUUACUAGCUAAUAAAGUUUUGAACAUU